GUGGUUCGUAGGCCUCCUCAAAGCUUCCUGUGCUGGACCAUUUCCUCUUUCUUCCCCGGUGAAACCUCGACGCAAAAAUGGUGUUUGAGAAGCCGAUCGUCGUCGACUGCCGUGGCCACCUGGUGGGCCGUCUGGCCUCCCUGAUUGCUAAGGAGCUCCUGCAGGGCCAGCACGUCGUUGCUGUGCGUUGCGAGCAGCUUGAGAUCUCCGGCUCGCACGUGCGCAACAAAGUCAAGUUCUUCCAGUUCUUGAACAAGCGUACGGCCACCAACCCCAAGAAGGGCCCCAUCCAUUACCGUGCCCCGUCGCGCAUGCUGUGGCGCACGAUCCGUGGCAUGCUGCCGCACAAGACGGCUCGCGGUGCCGCCGCCCUGCAGCGUCUUAAGACGUUCGAUGGUAUCCCGUCGCCGUACGACAAGCAGAAGCGCAUGGUCAUCCCCGCCGCUCUGCGUGUGCUUCGCCUUAAGGCCAACCGCCGCUACACCGUCCUUGGCGCCCUCGCCUCGGAGGUCGGCUGGCGUCACGCCGAGUUGGUCAAGCGCCUCGAGGCCAAGCGUAUGCUCAAGUCGGACGCCUUCUACAAGAAGAAGGUUGCCCAGCAGAAGCGUCUUGUCGAGGCCGAGGCCAAGGUGUUCACCGACAACAAGGAGCUCAAGCCCACGCUUGCCAAGUACGGCCACGCUCUUUGAGUUGGUGACUGCUUCGUUUGGAUUCUUGGCUCGCACCCUUGAAAUCAAUCGCAUUGCGUCACUUGUUUCUAAUUAACAAUUGAAACGUUUGAGGAAAUUUCAUCACCAA